ACGAAUUUACUAUUUCGGAAUAGCGGAAGUGCAGAAUGCAAAUGGCGCCGAAGGCAUAUCGCGCAGUAUCAACGGCAACUCUUUUGUAUUAGAGGUUCGUUAAAGAUGAACUUUCCGACGCUCAAACGUGGGGGAGUCGUCAAGAGUUCAGUUGCUGCUCAGUUGGCUUGCAAGUAACAACGUCAACAGAGAGGUUUUGUCUGUGAAAACCGCAGGUUCUGAAAUCUUGAGUUCAACGAGUGAUCCACUUAAACUCGUAACAGUCGAAUUAAUUUACAACAAGUUUGUUUCAGACAUGAGCGGCCAACGUAAUGAUUCUGAGUACGCGGGUUCUCAGCCAACAGGAGUACUAGGCGAUCAGGAACAUGCUGAAAAUUCUGAAUUUGAGAAACAUGACCAGAAGACCACCAACAUGGGAAAUCCUCUAAAUUCUAACAUGCAACCGAUGGACGAGUACCCCACUGACGAGUCGUACGGUAUGUUCUUUCAAGACGCUUUUAACGCGGUUAACACGGAGAUGGAAAAAUACUACUCGUGCCUGCAAAAGAUGGAAGAGAAAGAAGCUUCUGUGCAAACUGAAAUCGUAACGAAGACCGAAGAAAUGAAUAAACUAAGUCGAAUUCUACGUGGUAAAAGAGAUAGUGCUUUGCAAGCUAUCGGGCAAUUGACGACGAAGCGUAACAAUGCUCAGAAUUAAAGAAAUCAAACACAAAUUUACUGUCUACUAUCUACAUGACAAAUUAAAGGCUAACAACUUUUGCUUUCGUUUUUUAAGUUGCCAUCUUUCGUUCCAUUCUAAACCCCGAACAAUAAAACCUCAUCCUUAAAAAUGAAGCUUGUUAUUUCUCGGCAAUUGAUAUGUGUUUGAGCUUUUAUCUUUACUUUAUUUCCUGUUAUAUCAGACGUACAAAAAAUCCACAUGGUAAAGGUGCAAAAUUGGCAUCUGGUGGGAGCUCACGAAUUUCUAAGGUAAAUUGCUGAGCGGUUUGGUUAUUGAUUGGUUUUCAUUGAAAAACUGCUCCACAGGUUGUUAGGGGAAGUGUAAAGAGGGUGGUGAAUUGAUCCUUCUCACAGUAACCGUUAUUAGAUUGAAGGUUGAAUAAUUUUUAUUCAUA